UGCCUAAUUCAUAAGUCUACAUUUUCAUAUUCCUAAUACCCUCCUAAACCCUCUCCACCAUGCUUAUGUCCUCGAAACGGCCGGCGCAGCCGUCCCGGCACGACUCCGGCGACCGCGGGGCGCCGCCGUCGAACUGCCUCUGGGUCGGUAACCUCCCAAAGAAAUUAACGGAUGCAGAGCUGACGGACCUGUUCCGGAGAUUCGAGCCACUUGAAGCGACCUCCAGGGGCAACCGGGGUUUCAGAUUCGUCUACUUUAACCGCAUAGAGGAUGCGAUCGCCGCUAAGGACGCUCUGCAGGGAGCCACCGUGAAGGAGAGGCCAAUCAAGAUCGAGUUUUCGCAAACGGCUGUAAGGUGUGCUCAUCCCGAAAAACGUGAUCCAGUCCAGCAAAAUCCUCCCUAUGCUGUGAUGACAGACACACAAGAGGCUUCACCAUUGUGGUCGCGUGUAGAGUCACAGGAUGAUAACCUGGGCAGCCGUUACUCUUCUGAUUUUGAGCUGACCUCAAGGCAGUCUGAGUCCAAUGCCGGGGGCCAAGUCUUGCACGAUCCUCCUCAAGCAGUGAUGGCCUACACACUGGAGGGCUCGCUCCUUAUGUUCCCAGUGGAGCCACGGCAUUCUAACAUAAGCCGCUAUUACCAUCGUCACACUAAUCUUAUUCCCCGAUGCGAGGUGGAUAGGUAUCUGAGUAACCUAGAUGGGAUGAUAGAGUUCUUCCUACAGCACACUACCACGUCUGCUGAAACCUAUCGGCAGGUCGUGUCAGAACGGGAUCAGGCAAUACGGGACCGAGAUCAGGCGAUACAGGACCGAGAUCAGGCGAGGAGGGAGCUAGGUGAGGUGAGAGAGCAUUGGAAAAAGCCCCGAGUCUACCUUCUAAAAUGAAUAUCCGAGACAUGGCAUGAGGCUCUCUGGCGACAACAGGGGACAACAGAAGUGAUAAAAACUGGUGAAUCUGAAUCUGAAACAUCUUUCCUAUGCUUGAUUCCGGGUUAUAGGAUUUUGUAAAUCCAAAGUUUUGCUUCAAUUUUUAGGUGUUCGUUGAAUAUAACUACAGACCUUUACUGUCAAUCUAUUGACAUCGGAUUAAGCAAUAGAAAUGUAUAUAUUACUAAUUCGGUGUCGCUGUAUAUAUCUUUUUCGUCAAUCAAUACUUUGUGUAACAAAGAAAAGGUAGAUGUUGCUCUUAAGAA